CGCCGGAGAGGCCAUGGCUGCCUCCAUGGCUGUUCUCAUGCGGAGAAUGGAUAGAGAAAGGAUUCUUCUCUGCAUGAACAGCUUGCAAGGAGCUCGAAUCUCGAUCUUUUCCUCGUUCUUUCAUCCCUGGCACAUGCAGGGAGGGAACUUGAAGCAUCGGAAUGUAUAUGUAGAUGGUGGUUAUAUCUGUUGUCAGAUGUGACAGACUGGCCCCACAGGCUGUCCCCAGAUCUCGCCUUGUUGGUGAUGUGGAUGCACGUGAAAAGAUAGCUAAAAUGUACUCAUCGGAGCGAAGUUCAGGAUCAAUGGCUGCGACCUUCAGAACAAGUAGGUAGGAGCAGUACAGGGAUCAAAUUGCGUAGUCGAGGCAAGGAUAGAAUGGUUUGAGUCAGGGGGCGGCGCUCUGCAUUAUAAGAUUAGGUGAGUUUAAGCAGGAGCUACCGAGCUGUAUUACAUUGAGAGGGCAGCAGAAUGCUGCUUCUGUCCAGCUCUUGUAUGGGGAGUUUGGAAAGGGCUGCAUAGAGUGGUCUGCUAUUGAACAGAAGACUGCAUUCAGUGGUUCUACUGGUGAAGCAAUCAGUUUUACAAUUCUCCGUAGGUAGGUCAAGUGCAAGGGAGGGGGAACUGUUAAGCUAGUAGCUGAAUCAGGCAGGAAAGGAAUGAGGAGGCGCAAGGCUGCCUUGCGGUGGGCUCGCAAUGGGUUUGUGCUAGUGACGUGGCUGGCGGCCAUUCUCUCCGCUUGCGCCGCACAAAUACCAAAGCUUCGAAGUUUCAACCAAUGCCCCGACCGCUGGUUCCGCACCCCCAGCGGCGCCUGCCUCCUCUUAACGAUCAACCGGACGCAGCUCACAUGGGACACCGCCGAGCAGGCGUGCGUGGAUCAAGGGGCGCAUCUCGCGAGUGCCUCGAGCCUGACUGAGUGGCUGGAGCUGAACAGCACGUGCGAGCAGAGCGCGCAGAACGACUGCUGGUUCGGGGCGCACCAGAAGGACGGCCAAACAGCGCCCGGCGCGGGGUGGUACUGGCAGGACUGCAUGGCUCAGCAGGCGGUGCCGUGGGACUCGCUCGUUCCCGGUGUGGUGCAAUGGCGGGCAGGAUCUCCAGGGGAAGCGUAUACGGUCGAACCGAACGAUUACAAUAGCACCGCUGAAACGUUUGGCGCGGAGAAGAACAACGAGAACUGCGCCAAGUUCGAGGGGGGCAAGGCCGUUGACUAUGUGUGCAGUACCAUCAAGCCGUACUCAUCGACCGCAUACGUCUGCGGCAAGUCGAGAUACUGCAGUAUCCACGGCACCAGCGUGCGCUCCGGCAGCGGCUCGUCUGCCACGUGCGCCUGCACGUGCCUGCCCGGGUUCUACGGCGACGGCCAGACCUGCGAGGUCUGCGAUGACAACGCCUCCCCGCUCUCGUUCCCCAACGGCACCUCCGCUUGCGCCUGCACGCCCCCUUACGCAGGAAACGGCUACAGAUGCGCCCUCCCAAACCCGCCCCCAAACCCCCCUCCAGUUACCGCUAACCCUCCCCCCCUCCCGUCCAACUUCACCGUCCCUGGAGCGAAUCAAACUUCCGGGGGGGCGGCUUCGCUGGGCGGGUCGAUACUUGCCCUCCCCCCCAUGACGGGAACGGUAAAUUGCAGUAGUAUGGCGCGUUUGGUGGUACAGACUAACGGAAGUUGGGGUUGUCAGUGCAAUCCCCCGGCACAGGGAAACGGGAAAAUGUGCCUGAUGUGCGAUGCAAACGCGGGGGCGGUUCUAGCAAGCAAUGGGACCGGUUUGUUGGAGUGUCAGUGCAAGCCGGGGUUCCAAGGGUCGGGAACGGAGUGCAGACCAGUCAAGCGCGUCAACAAGGGCUUCCUCGGCGUGACCGUCGCCUUCUCCCUGCUGUGCGCGUUGGGCCUCUGCUGUUGCCUACUUGUCGGGGCGCGCUUCUGGCGGCGGCGCAAGCGCAAGGCCUUCCGACAAGUCCGCGGGUCGUCCGUGGAUCCACCUUCUCCGGGCACGCCCUACCCCGGAACGCCGUACCCGGCCAACCCCAAGGUCACGGUGUACAGCCUGCGCGAGCUGGAGCGCGCCACCAACAGCUGGGCGGGGGAUAACCUAUUGGGCAUCGGCUCAUACGGGGAGGUGUACCGCGCGGACUUCGCGGACGGGUCCCAAGCCGCGGUGAAGCGCUGCCGCGAGCGGUCCGCGAAGGAGGUGCGGGAGUUCCGGAACGAGGUGGACCUACUCUCCAGAGUGCAUCACCAGCACUUGGUCCAGUUGCUGGGCUACUGCACGGAGCGGGAGGAGCAGAUUUUGGUGUACGAAUACAUGGCCCAGGGGAACCUGCGAUUCAACCUCGCCCAUGACAACGGGCGGCCACCUCUAACCUGGCGGCAGCGACUAGAGGUGGCGCUCGGCGCCGCAAUGGGCCUGGCGUAUCUGCACGAAGGAGCAGAUCCACCAAUCAUCCACAGGGACGUGAAGCCGAGCAACAUUCUGCUGAACACGGCGCUGGAGGCCAAGGUGGCCGACUUUGGCAUCUCCAUGGCGCACCGCCUGGGGCCGCAGGACCACAUCACAACCACCAUCCGCGGAACGCCGGGAUACCUGGAUCCCGAUUACCUCGUCACCCAGCAACUCUCCGACAAGAGCGAUGUGUACUCGUUUGGGGUCGUGCUGCUGGAGCUCAUCACGGGGCGAGGGGUAACGGAUACCACGAGACCGGCCAACGAGGUGUACCUCAUUCGAUGGGCGAAGCAGUACCUGGUGUCAAACCAGGCGUCAGCCAUUAUCGAAGACCGCAUCCGGGGCCAGUAUACAGACCAGUCCGCCUUCACGGUAGCGUAUCUUAUAGCGCAGUGUCUAGCGGAGUUACCGGAAGAUCGGCCCAGCAUGUCGACGGUUGUGACCGGGUUGAAAGAUGCGCUGCGGCUUGAGGGCUGGGGCUCUCCAAGCGGGACAACGAAGUCAUUGGGGACCAGUACUUUUUCGAUCCGGGAGCCAGGCCGGCAAGAGGAAUCCGAGCAGGUAAUGAUCACGUUGUAGGUACGGGAAGGUGUUUUGCAGAGGGGUUUAGGAAACUGCUUAUUUAUUGCCAUCGGUUAUUGCGGAUUUGAGGCUGCAUUUCGUCUGAUGUACCGCAGCUUAGUACCUGAGAGCUAGCUAGGCGACAGCAUUUUAGAGCCACACGUCGAUCGAUCGCUGUACUGCUCCAUCUCCAGACCUUCUCAAGACUGUCGACUGUGACUGCGAUCUAAUCUAUAAUGCAACCGAGGAUGUAGAUCUGAGAAUUCGAUUAGCGAAUGGACGGUUAGGGUCUUGUGACAACUCGAUUGUGAGCAGCUUUGCAUCUAUUCAUGAAUCUCGGAUUGCCAGAACGGCUUAUUUUGAAGGCCGG